AUGAAUAAGAACCUAGAAUGUUGGUAUUUUAAUGGAAUAGAAAUGGAUUUGAGUGAAUAUGCAUUUGAAUCUAUUAAAUUAGAAUACUCUCAUAUCAAUAAUUUAAAAGUAAAAUGUAAUUCAAUUCGUUUAACUCAUGUUGAAUGUGAUAAUUUAAUUGUUGAUGGAUUUUGUGAUAAUAUCAACUUUACUAAUUGUAAAAUAAAUUCAAUGAGAUGUGAUGUUAUCAAUAGUUUGAAUUAUGUUAAUUCAGAAAUUAAUAGUAUAAAUGGAAAUGAAAUAAAAGAAAUUAAUGGAGAAACAAAGAAUUUAAAGAAUGGAAUGUUAAAAGAUGAAAAGAAAAAGAAAUAA